AUGGAAAUUCAAAAUAUUGUUGACCUUAUUUCUUCAACUGAUAGUUCUGACAAUGAGUUUGAACCCCAAGUUAGACGCCCACGUGUAUUUAAAGAAAGGCGCAAUUAUUUACUUACAAUGAAUAACGAGGAGUUUAAAAAACGAUUUCGAUUAUCCAAAAAUGCAGUGAUUCACAUUAUAGACCAAAUCCGAGACAAAAUUGCACAUCGAACAGAUCGGAAUAAUUCGGUAUCACCUGAAAAUCAAGUACUCUUGACACUAAGAUUUUAUGCAUUGGGGACAAUUUAUCAAGCAGUAGGAGAUUUUGUGGGUGUUAGCACGGCAACUGCUGGAAGAAUUAUACCCAGAGUUACUCAUGAGAUAGCUAAGACGAGGAAAGAUAUUAUACGCAUGCCUUCUACCCAAGAAGAAAUUAAUCAAGCUAAACUUAAUUUUUUUCAAUCGCUAAAUUUCCCAGAGUUAUUGGUGUAA